AUGGAAAAGGUGGUUCUGCCCAACGGUGAAGAGCGUGAGAUCGAAAUCAAGAACGCGCUAUAUGUUCCAAGUAUGAGCAAGAACCUGCUCUCGGUGCCACAGAUUAACAGCCAUGGCAAGUUUCAAGUCGUGUUUGACGGGUCCAAGAUGUAUGUGACUCUCAAGAACUCACAGCAAGUGGUGGCGACAGCGGAUCUCGUGGAUGGACUCUACUGGCUUCGCGACGACUCAACGAUCAGCGAAUUCGAUGUACUUCGCAAGAUGAUCGCGACCAACAUGAUCAAGGAUGUGCGAGUCCCUCUCAAGUCGGGUGGAGCAACUACAUGUCGAGGAUGUCAACAAGGGAAAAUGGUCCAAAAACCAUUUCCAAGCAACCGAGACAAGCGCAGCUACGAUACGUUUGAGCUACUUCAUCUGGACAUCUGCGGGCCCAUGGAAAAGGAUUCGCUCGGUGGCAGCAAAUAUUUGCUGCUGAUCAUCGACGAAGCCAGUGGAUGCAUGAAGGGCUUUUGUCUACGAGUGAAGUCCGAGAGUAAAGACUACAUCCGGAAAUAUAUCACCAUGGUACAGACGCAAUUCUGUAAGAAGGUCAAGUUCGUGCGACACGACGGAGCUCGCGAGUUUGCAACCAACUCGCUUCAACUGUUCUACGAAGACGAAGGCAUUGAACAGCAGACAACGGUGCCGUAUGCACAUCAAACAAACGGAACAGCAGAGCGUGCCAUUAGGACUAUUGUCACGAUCGGCCGCAGCAUGCUUCAUCAUGCCAAACUGGACAAGUGUUUCUGGGCCGAAGCAGCGAUGACGGCCAUCUACGUCAAGAAUCGACUGCCGUCACCUAAAGUCGUGCACAAGACCCCGUUUGAGAUCGUCUACAACUUGAAACCAAGCGUCAAGCACAUGCGAACAUUCGGGUGUCAGACAUACAUACUGACGCCUAAAGAGAAUCGACUCAAGUGGGAUCCAAAGGCUCGCGCUGGCAUAUUCGUGGGCUACGAAGAAGUUUCGAAGGCAUAUCGUGUUUAUGACAUCGAGGCGGGGCAGGUGGUUAUCAGCCGCUGUUGA